AUGGCAAUAAUAUCUGCAACCGCGAUGAUACGCGGCAUAUCGUUAUUCCACGUCACCCUCGCAAUACUCCUACUCAGGAAUCCCGCAGUAAUAGCGAACCAAGGAGUCAUCCUUCUCUUGGGCGAGUCAAUGCACCUUCCCACACCACGCGAGUUCAACAAACCUAGCGCAGCGUCAGCCUUCCUAGCUGUCCUCUUCGCUUUUCUCGGCCUCACCGACCUCACCGCACUUGCUCUUCCCGAUGAUGUCUUCGGCCACUUCUGGGGCGCGCAGACGCCCGUCCGGUGCGCUUUCCUUUUCGCGUUGACGGGAUAUUCAUAUAUAUUCAAGGAGGGCGGCAUGUUUGCGCCGCGAGGCCACGAUUACACGAUUGGUGUUGGAGCGAGUUUAAACAACAGCAUGGUAUUCACAUGGGGCUUUUUUGAGCUUAGUGCUUGGUUUUGGGUGUUUGUGACGCUGCGCGAAGAACGACGGGAAGCGGCACAGAAACUCAUCGAGAAGCUCAAGGCAGAAGAGGAUAGGCUAUAG